AUGUUAUCCUUGAGCAUUCCAUCAUACUCAAAGCCAUCGGGCUACCAGCUUUCUGAGUUGGCCAAGCCGGAGAUCAGUGAUCCAAAAGAUGUGAUCAUAAGGGUUCAUGCGGCGAGCAUCAAUCCGAUCGACGUGAAGAAAGCCGAUGGUUUACUGAAAUUUGCGAUGAAAGAUACUGAAUUUGUCAAAUGUACAGAGAAGUACAUUGCCCUGAAGCCACCGUCAUUGUCAUUUGAGGAUGCAGCUUCAAUCCCUCUGGCAGCAAUGACUGCACUUCAAGCACUCGGAAAAUACAAAGGAGAUUUAACUGAAAAGACUGUCUUUGUGCCCGCCGGCUUGAGUGGAACAGGUCUUUUUGCUUGCCAAUUGGCAAAGAAUGUCUUCCAUGCAGGCAAGGUCAUCACCACAGUUUCGACCUCGAAGGUGGAUAAGAUCAACGACCUCCUAGGCGAAGGGACUGUCGAUGAAAUAAUCGACUACACAAAAAUCGACCCAAGAAAGGUCAUCAAAUCUGGCUCUGUGGACUUCCUCUUCGACACAGUGGGUUCUGCACUGGAGUACCUCUGCCUGAUGAAUCAAAAAUCUGGAUGUAUCGUGUCAGUUGCGACCAUGCCAUCGGGUAAUCAGCUCCAGGAAUAUUCACUUAUGGAUCUUCCCCAACAGGGUGGCGUUCCCUUUGCUCUACGAAUGGGACUCAAUGCUUUCGAUUGGGUCCGUAAACUAAGAGCAUGGCGCUAUGGUGUUGAGUAUUCAUACAUGUUUCUAGAAUCGAGUGGUGAAGAUCUGGACGAGUUGAGAAAGUAUGUUGAGGAAAACAAGCUGAGAACAGUAGUUGGAAACUCCGUUGAGCUGUCAGACAUUGAAGCAGUGAGAUCAGCAUGCCAGACGGUUUAUAGUGGAAAGGGAGGUCUCGGGAAGCUGGUUGUCAAAGUUGCCGAUUCGUAG